CAUCGACACGUUCUCACUCUCAUUGCUCGUUCCAGUUGCAGACAGUUUGCUGUUUGUUUCUGUUUUCCGAACUGAAGUCACUGACAUACGUGGGUGGCAUCAAAACAUUGCAAACGAAUCCAUGCGCCCGCCUAUUUUAUAAAAAUAUAUGAAAAAUUUGAAUUAAAAUAAUAUUAAAACGUAUUUAUAUCAUUAUUUACUAAAAGACAGAGUGGUUUUAGUGAGCCGUAGGUAAAUAAUAAUUUUCUAAGUGGUGCGAACAUUUUCAUUUUUCCUGGAAAAUGACAGCUUCUACUAUGAUUGAACUGGAGUCCUGGAUUAUUUAUCAGUGUGUCCUGAAUGAGUGCCAUGUGUCCAGCUCAUGAGCUGAUGUUGUAGUCUACGGUUUUAUUUGCUUCGAGUUAUUUUAAGUUUUCUUCAUGGUAGCCACUUCGAUGGAGGGCGGCGCGUGGUGCGCCCGCGACAUAUCGCUGCGCGCGCAGAAGAAGUUCCUGUCGCGAGUCGGCGGCGCGGCCAGCGCGCGCGCGCUCGUUCUCGAUGAACAUGCUGCUAAGUUGUUGGAUCAGUUCCUAAACGUCCUCCGGGAGCGCGUCGAGAAACGCGAGGCAGAAAAACUUGUGAAACACGUGAUCAAGUCAGCGGUAAAGCUGGGCGUGCUGCGGCGGCACGGCCAGCUCACCGCGGCUGACGAGCGUGCGCUCACUGCCUUCCGAUCCAAGUUCCAGACGGUGUUGAUGGCUGUGGUAUCUUUCUCGGAGGUGGAGUUCUCGUACGACAGAGGCUUCCUGCAGGACGCGUUGAGGGAAUCUCAUCAGUCACUCAAAUCAGUAGUAGAGCGCCAUCUAUCGGACAAGUCGGUAUCUCGUCUCGCCGGAGUGUUCGCGCUCGCGUCUCGAGCCGACCUCUUAGACUCAUUAUUCGCGGGACAAAUAGACGAAGGAGUGCUCAAACUGACCAGAAUGCUGCGAAAAGAAUUAGACCGAGGCCUGCUUUAAUUCCGAAUAAUUGAAUUUUUGUGCCGUCCUAAAAAAUUGCUAGCUUCUAACACCUAAAUGGUUAGGGUGGUAGUGUCUGGAAUUAGCGGUAACAAGGAAAUUGGUUUUAGUUCAAUGUUAGGUGCUAUUUUUGAACGCUGCAAGUUGAAAUGCAGGCGUUCUGUUUAAUUUUUUUGCAACAAUCUGAUGGUGAAUUGAUGUAAUAAGAAUUAGAAAGAUGUGGAAAUAAUAAUGUGGAAGAUAAAAAAAAACCUUCUAACGGCUUACGGCAUAUACGAGAAAAGGAUGCCGUAUUUAUAAAAAUCGCGAAAGAGUGAAUAUUUCGAUUAACUUGCACUUUAAUACACUUUAAAACCCAGUAGUGACGAUUCAAAUAUCGCAAAUUAGAUAACAGGGCACUUAAUGCAAAGCAAGAAAAUUUUUCAGCAUUUACUUUCAAUGCUUUUUUUAUUCGAUUGCCUAAAGGAGCAUACAAGUUGGUAAUAUAAAUUAAAAAAAAAUCACUCUCGUUGCGUAUGAGAAACCGACAACUAUACAAUGCUAUUUUUAUGAAAGCUGGUAAUUGUUUGUGUCAAAUAUAAGACAUGAAGAAAAAAUUAUGAUACAGAGAGAAGCAGUUUAACAUACCUUUUCAAAUAUGUUUAAUGGGUGACCUUAAGUUGUUGUUGAAAAGAUCUGAAGUCUAAGAGAAGAAACAAAAAACCACUAUUAGGGGUUAAUUGCUUAAAUUAUGCUCUCUACUCGGUACCAAAAUAAAAACAAAAGCAAAAAGACUGUUACAAAUACUCAAAACUUUUUAAACAGAGAGUACGAACAAAAGAAAAUUGUCUUAACUAUAAUGAGGUCUUGACUAUAAUAUCAACCAAGUAUUUAGUAAGUCAUUUCUUUGUAAGCGAUAGUUAUGCUUGUGUGACGUCAUUUACUCAAUUUAAUAUUGCACCUCAUAAAUAUAUUAUGCAUAGGACAUAGACUUGCCCAGUUUUUGCCUCAUGUAAAUAUUAAGAAAAAAUUUAGUAGAUAUGGUAUAACUCAAAAUAUAGUUAAUUAAGUUGUAAUCGUAUGUUCGCUGUUAUAAUGUUGUUAGGAUAUUUUGUGUAAGAAAUGGAUUGAUUUUUUGUUAUCGAUUGAAAUGUGAUGUUGAUUGUUUUUUGUUGGAUUGGUUUCGAAAGAUGAAAAAAGCAUAUUAUUUAAAACAAGAACGAAAUUCGCGCGCAAAAUAGAGAGCUAUGAUUGGUUGAAAUGAAAACGGGAUUGAAAAAAAUAUGACGCAAUAACGUUAUUGACCAAUGAUAUUUUGGUAUUUUAAUUACUUUAACAUUUUAUUUUUUUAACAUAAUAUGACAGGAUGACAGAAAAUUCGUGAAGGAGAACUCUUUCCUAACAUAUCUCAUAAUGUAAAUAAAAUUAAGUUUGGAUGUUAGAAAAUAUUGAUUUGAUGUGCGUUGUUUCUUUUGAAGAUGCUUUCUGGAUCUGAUACUUGCCUAAUUUGAUAUUAAAUUGCAUUUUUAUUCACGCAUUUAAUGUAAAUAUUAGGAAUAUAUUAUAAUUACGGUUACCGAUUUAUUAAUCGUUUAGGAAGAUCUUUGUGUCUUGACAAUAUGUAAAAUGAUAUUAUUAUUGUAUUUGUUUGUAUUUAAGCUAAGAUAAUGGACAAAUGAUGAGUCUUUUAAUGUACUAACGCAAAAAUGUAGCCACGUUCAAGAAAAUAUUUUCUAAAUUGUAAUCCUUUGUACAAAUUAUAGGCUGGUUUCACAACUUCUGAAUUUGUUUUGUUUAGCUUAUCUGUCAGUUAAAAUGAUGAAAAAUUUAUGAAUAUGUAUCAGUGACUUAUCAGUCAGUUUAUCAGGAAGUCGUGAAACUGGUCCCCAUCAUCUAUCCGUUUAUUGUAUUUAAUGAAUCCGUGAAUACAAAUUGAAAUAUCUUUAUAGACAGAUUUAGUAUAAAUUUAUAUUAUUUUAAUAAAAUUUAAUGGUCUUACCACAAAACAAUUUAAACACAGUCUAACUUUAAACCAACUGUCACUUUAAUAGUUGUCUUAUGUGAAAUACGACAAAACCGGAUUAAGAGAACCCGCGCUUAAAGUUAAACCCUGUCUAAAGAUUUUUGUGGUAACACAAUAAGGUUUUCUGGCUUGAAUUACAUAUCUGCUCUCUACUCAAAUAGUUUUUGGAAAUGAUUUUUAUUCUGUACCAACAAUUUCGGACCAAAAUCUUUCUACAUAUCUAUAUUGUAUAUUAUUAUGUACUCAUAUCUUUUUAUGCAAUAAAUGUAUCCAUUGAUAAUAAGAUUUCGCAGGUUCGAUUUUUAAAAUUUCAAAAAAAAUCUGUAGUCGUUUUUUUUUUUCGUGUGCAAACUCUUGCCAGAUGGAAAUAGUGUCAAAACGAAUUAAAAAAACUAAUAAUUGCUCUUAUUUAUCUUUGUCUAUGUCUGCUACGCACGAAUUAUAAUUUAUUUUGUAAUGAAUGAAAAGUUUAAAAUUUUCGUCCAUAAUGUAAUUGUAUUUUACUUGCCAAUUACGCAAUAAAUGUUUAAUUAUA